GCGGCGACUCGUGCGGUAAAGUCGGCUUCUCUGUAACAAGUUCCUUGCGACAAUGAACCUUGUCGGCGUGGCGCGGAGGGCGGCUGGCUCGGCAGGAGGGGCCGGCCUCAGGCAGCUGGCGCGGGCGACGCCGACCUCCGCCUCGGGACGCCAGACUCACGCCGUCGCCGCCGCUCCUCCCUUCGAUGGCGAGAGGGUGAAGCCACGCCCCUUGUCUCAGGUCCCCGGCCCGCCCAUCUUCCCCCUGAUGGGCUCCAUUCCAGCCAUGAUGAUGUACAAAGAGUUCUACCAGCACAAAAUCCACCAAGUGUUCUUCAGGAUGAUCGACCAGUACGGCCCGAUAGUCCAGAUCAAGAUGCCGAACUGGUCGCGAGGCGUCCUCGUCACGCGCCCCGAGGACAAGGAAAUUGUGCUCAGAGCCACCAAGGAUAACCCUCUUAGGAAUGCCCUUCCCUCUCUCAAGAAAGUCAGGGACGAGGCGAUGGAAAAUUUCUUCGACAAGCAAGGCGGUCUGCUGACGGAGCAGGGCGACAAGUGGUGGCGCGUGCGCAGGGGCGUCCAGACGCCGAUGAUGAGACGCAAGAACGUCGAGGCUUAUUUGCCGGAGGUGGACGCCAUUACGCUGCAGUUCAUAGAGAGAAUGGCGUUUUUCCAGAAGGAGUUUGGAGAAAUGCCCGAAGACUUCCUGCAGGAGAUGUACAAGUGGGCGCUCGAGUCGGUGAGCGUGGUGGCACUGAGUCGGCGUCUGGGCUGCCUCGACCCCGCCCUCGCUCCGGACUCCGAGCCCUUGAAGAUCAUCCAGAUCGUCGGCGACCUCUUCAGGACCCUCAACGACUGCGAGUUCACCCCCUCGCGGUCGUCCCUUCUAGGAUGUACCCAGACUCCUCACCCUUCACCCUGGGUAGCGGUGGAGCGUGGUGGCGAAGGAGCUCGAGGAGAGGCGAGACGGGAGGAGUGGAGAUCGAGCGGAGCAUGCUCAUUCGCCCCCCCCCCCUCCCACAGGAUGGCCCUGACCAACAUCAGGGCCACGGAGGCGUCGCUGAAGGAGGCCCUGGAGAAGCCCGGGGCCGAGGAGAGGGAACUCACCCUGAUGGAACAGUUGCUCCUCAGGCCAGAGCUCAGCCACAAGGACGUCGUCACCUUGAUUCUGGAUAUGAUUUUCGCCGGUAUUGACACGACAUCCCACACCAUGGCCUUCGCACUCUACCUCCUGGCGAAGAACCCUGACGCCCAGAGGAAGCUUCAGCAGGAGGUGGAUCAGGUGCUGAAGGACAACCCUGAAACCCUGACCCCGGCUCACAUAGCGAAGUUGUCGUACACCAAGGCAGUCGUGAAGGAGAGCUUAAGAUUUUUCCCUGUGGCGAUGGGCUUCAUGAGAGAGCUCAGUUCCGAUGUUGUAUUGUCAGGAUAUCAGAUUCCUAAAGGAUCCGCAGUCUUCAUGCUGAAACUACGAGGACGCCCAGAAGAACACGGCCUUCCCUCGGCGCGUGAGUUCCUGCCGGAGCGCUGGCUUCGAGGGAACGACCUGGCCGCCUCCCACGCCUUCGCCCUCCUCCCCUUCGGCGCGGGGACCCGGAUGUGCGUUGGGCGGCGUCUCGCGGAGCAGGAAAUGUACGUCUUCUUGGCCAGGGUGAUGCAGAGAUACACAGUGAGCUACAUCUACGGCGAGAUGGACAGCACGAUGCAGCUCAUCCUGAAGCCGUCGCAGCCUCUGAGAUUUCGCUUCACGGAGCGGCGGGCGUGAGGGAGGAGGCCGGGCGGCGAGGGCGCGAAAGCCGGGGAUAGGCGGCCGUCAGUGUGGAAGGAAGUGAUGCGGGGGAAAAGCAAGAAGCAGUGAGCAUCAGGCAUGUAAAAGCAUUUCAUGU